GCGUCUCUGGUGCGUAUAGAAGCAUCAAGUGCGCACCGCAGGAGAUUUGACGACACACAUAUGGCUGGGUAAUGCUAGAUUAUUUAAGCGGAAAAGGUAUUUCUAAUGUGAGAAGUAUCUCUAAUGCACACGGGAUUUCGGAAACGCUGAUCAAUCAUCACGACUGGUUCAUGUGGCCAUGCUGGCGCGCCCAUGACGCAUUGGAGGCAUCCUCUAUCCGACCAUAAAUCAUAACCAUGGAGGGGUCGUGGCAUCGAGCGCUUCAUUAGAUUCAUCCAAAGCAUCUCAGAAGUAAAUCAUGGAUUUAACAGAGUCGGUUGGGUUCUUUGAAGAGCCGUGGAACCACAGCCGAGCGGAGGAAGAUGGGAAACUUUUAUUCGGCAUAGGCGCGGAUAAUGUCAUUACGCUGCUGGUUUUUGGGCUCAUCUUCGUGCUCGGUGUGCUGGGGAACUCUAUUGUCAUCACCGUUUUGGCCAAAAGCAAACCGGGAAAACCACGCAGUACCACCAACAUCUUCAUCCUGAACCUGAGCAUCGCGGAUCUAUCUUAUCUGAUCUUCUGUAUCCCUUUCCAGUCCACCAUCUACAUGAUGCCCACUUGGGUCCUGGGCGCUUUUAUUUGUAAAUUCAUUCACUAUUUCUUCACGGUGUCCAUGCUGGUCAGCAUCUUCACCCUCUCUGCCAUGUCCGUGGACAGAUACGUGGCCAUCGUCCACUCCAGGAAGUCAUCCACCAUCAGAGUGGCAAAGCACGCCUUCAUUGGCGUGGUGGUCAUCUGGAUUCUCUCCCUAACCAUGGCAGCGCCAAUUAUGUAUUACCAGAACAUCUUUCAUGGAGGAGAAAAUCUCACAUUUUGCUGGGAAGUGUGGCCGGACCAAAAUCAGAAGAAAAUCUAUGUGGUUUGCACCUUUGUUUUUGGUUAUGUGUUGCCACUGCUGCUCAUCUCCUUCUGCUAUUCAAAGGUGUUAAAUCAUUUGCACAAAAAGCUAAGAAAUAUGUCCAAAAAGUCUGAAGCUUCCAAGAAAAAGACUGCCCAGACCGUGCUGGUGGUUGUGGUGGUGUUCUGUCUGUCGUGGCUCCCUCAUCACGUGGUUCACCUCUGGGCGGAGUUCGGCACCUUUCCAUUGAACCAGGCCUCCUUCGUGUUACGGGUGGUCGCCCACUGCCUGGCUUACAGCAACUCGUCCGUCAACCCGGUGAUCUACGCCUUCCUGUCGGAGAACUUCAGGAAGGCUUACAAGCAAGUGUUCAAAUGCCAGAUUAGUACAGAAGACCCGCCGCUCAAUGACAUCAAGGAGAUGCGGAGCCUCCCGCCCUCGACGAACUGCACCAAUGUUUGACUGUCGAGGUGGGGACGGUGAUGGUGAUACAGUAACAGAUACAGUAUUCCACAAAAGUGUGUAUUCUCAAGUACUCAAAUACUGUAGAAAUGAAGCUUGGCUAUACUUCAGAGUAGUCAGUGUACAGCUUGUAUAUACAUUUCUUAUUCACUGAAAUAAGAAGAUAUGUACAGAGGGAGCACAGAAUUAUAGAUAUUUUCUUUUAUCUUUUAUGUGUAGAAGCCGUGUGUCUUGCUGCCUUCACUUCUGUCUUCUAAGAGUGAACGUAUUGGGUUAAUACGAGGCCAAUUAACUUAGUAAUUGAAAAAUAAUACAACACUUUUGUUUCUUAUGUUUAAAAAAAUGUAUUUUGUGAAACGUCUUCAGUUAAUGACCUCUCACACCAAAGUAUCCUUAAAGGAUGUGUCUUGUCAUCUGAAAGUUCUCUUCAUAAAGUAAGUAAAGGCCCCAUGAAAAAAAAAUCACGUCGCCUUCUUCCCCCAUUAGUUACUACAUUUAUUAGUAUUUACCCAUUUUUGGACCUUGGAAUUUUUCUGACUUUUCCUUUUUAUACUACACCCCAAAAUGUGUAAUUAUUCCAUGUGAUCAGUAACCAUAUCAGCCGAUUUCAGUCCUGGAUGAUUGAAAUUGGCAGCAUAAAACCUUAUUUGUAGCAUCACUACUUUUGUAAUUCUGACUUUAUUCCCAUCAUAUUUGUUUUUAUUCUUGUAAAAUUCUAAAGUUUUAUGCAAAUAUAUUUUAUUCCAAAGUUUAUACAGUUUUAUUUCCCAUAAAAAUAUUUAACAUUUCAAAUGUAUGCUAUUAUUUUUCCUCAUAUUACAUUAUUCUUGUAAAGUUAGAAAUUUGUGUUAUUAUAUUACAACUUUUUUUGCUUAGUAAUUUAAUUUUAUUAUUAUAAAAUUAUUGCAAAUUUUAAUUUUUUGUUAAAUUACAAUUUUAAAAUGUACCACGGGCCAAUAAAAUAAACAACUGUGGGCCCCAUAUGGCCCCUGGUCUGCACUUUGGACACACCUGUUUAACUGUCACUAUUAUGAUGGUUGUUGGCGAGGUUUUGGACCACAAAAGCAGACACCGGAGUCGUGAAUGUUAAAUUACAAAAACAGUUUAUUGCUUAGAAGCACGGGGAGCGGAACCAGAUGCAGACUAGACUACUACGUCAGUAACAAAGCACCUAUGUAAAACAUGGGGUUGUAUAGCUGUAAAUAGUUGUAUAAAUGAACAAUACAAAAUACUAACUUCCUCACACGUUUUAACAAAAACUCAUGAAGAUGUCUCAAAUCCACUUUAGAAACAGAGACGGGGAUGAUUCCGUCUACUGGCAUUGUACUGGUAUUGCUGAAACAUGACCAAAAAAAGCUAAUUAAAUGUAAACAUAUGUGCAGUGAUGUGCAGUGAGGACUGUGGCAAUGACUCCUUUGGAGUUUUUGUUGUUGUUGUUAAUACUUGUUGCUUAUUGAGAGGAUAAUAAGAAAAAAUAAGAUCAUAUUCUUUGGUCAACACAACAAAUGGCCAAGACCUAAUUGUACCAUUGUGUCAUGUAGAAAAAGUGUGUGUUGAAUAAGGGUCUAUUGUAAGCACAGCGGGAUUAAGGGCACUCUGGCUUUUGUGUUUGACAACAUAACUGCUUUCCUGGUAGUGAUUUUCAAACCAUGACAAAAAAGAAUGACAAUAAAAUUGUUAUAGAAAAAACUCACAAUAAUUUCAAAAAUACAUAAUGUCAUAUUCUUUGAAAUAUGUGAAGAAAAUAUUGCACGCGGUGCUCAGAAAGUCAUGCACACACAAAAUAAAAGGUGCUCUUUUUGAUGAAAUGUUUUUGUUUGUUGUCUUCAUAUCAUCCAUUUAUGAUGGAGAUGUGCAUACAGUAUAUUAGACAUCAUGUAUUUGCACUGGCUGGUGAUCAGUCCAGUGUGAACCCCGCCCAGCGUCCAAGUUCAGCUGGGAUCGGCUCCAGCUCACCCGUGAUUCAACAGGCUGAGCGGUAGAAAAAGUAUGAAUGGAUUUUUCUUCGUCUCUGAUAGAAAUGUUAACUGCUGCUAUUUGCUGUUGUCUGUGUUUGAAAUGCAAUAUAAGAAAAUAUUUGAACUGCCUGGAAUUGCUGUUGACAAUAUGUAUGUGUGUUUAGGAUUCUUUGCGUCUUUAUGCUG